AUGACUGACGCCACUCGCCUCGCCGCCCUCCCUGGCUAUGAUUCCGCACCAGAUGUAUACGAGACCGCUGACUUGGCAGACGACACAUCAACAGUGCAAACAUCGCCUCGAUCGCCAGCAGAAACAGAUGCCACGAGCGAAGAUGAGGACGAGGAGAGUGAUGGAUAUGGUGUGAGCAGACGAAGACUGUAUCCUGAGCGAGCGAGAUUGCAGUUCAGUGCUGGGAGUCGAAGGGUAGAGACUCGAGGAGUGGACCUUAGUGACCGCGUGGAUGGGAAGCGGAAAGGGUUUAAAGUCAGACCACGCACGAACGAGGUAGAAGAUGGCGAUGAUGAAAGUCUGGAUAUUAGGAUCGCGCGGUUAAGGCGGGAGAUCGAGGAGUGCAAGCUCGAGGCGGAGCGGGAGAAGGCGGCGGAGGAAAGCCAUGCCGAUGAGGAAGACGGGGAGGACUCGGCCGCACCAGAACUGGAUGAUCUUGGGAGGUUAUUGCAGAGUAUCCAACUGCCCGUGAAGAGAUACCGACGGAAAGCAGCCAACAUUGCGACUACGAACGGCCACAGCAUACCACCAGACGAAGAAGACCUAUCAGACGAACAAACACUAUCCCGAAUCACAGACUUCGACACCCGGCUCCACGCCCUCGAACAAGCGCUAGGCAUAUCCACUAUAGAUGCAGCAACAAAUCCGGACGCCAUUUCUACUCCGAUCCUGCCAGCCCUAAACCUCCUAGACCAACAACUCUCCGCCCUCGCCUCCGCCACAUCACUCGCACGCCUAGAAGCAGCCGGAAACCGUCUCCACAAACUGCGCUCGGAAGCCGAAUACCUCUCACAAUCCCAACUAUCCAGCACCGAAGACGGCGAGGAGACACAAACAGCAACACUAAGUCUCGAGGACUUAGCGAAGCUGCAACAACUGUACCUUCUCCUUCCAAACCUGCAAUCGCUUUCUCCCACCAUCCCAGCAAUCCUCACACGACUGCGAAGUCUACGAACCUUGCAUACGACGGCUGCGGAAGCAGCGAGCAAGCUGGAGAGGGUGGAGCAGCGACAAGCGGAGAUGGAUUCCGAGCUAGCCGAGUGGCGGACAGGGCUGGGGAAAGUGGAGGCAGCGGUGCAGGAGGCGAGUGAGGCGAAUGGGAGGAAUGGGCAAGUCGUGCAGGGUUGGGUAAAGGACCUAGAGGGGAGGGUGAGAGGGCUGUAA